AUGGAAGAUCUUAUUGAAGAUACUCGUCGACGAGAAUAUGAAAUCCAAUCGCGUUGUAAUGAUGCGAGAACGAUCGGCAUGGAAACACUUUAUAGUCUAAGUCAUCAAGGUGAACAAUUGAAAAAUAUUAAGAUAGGUUUAACAACGGUCGAUGCAACACUUAUUGAUACGAAACAGAACAUCAAUCGUUUAAAAGGUGUUACGCAACGUGUCGUUGAUUCCGUUCGAACGAAGUUUCAUCGUAAAGUUUUCUCGAAAAUACUUUUGAGUUCAAAUAAAAAACAGCACUUGAUCCCAACAUCAUCACCACAAACGAGAAGUUCAUCUCCGAAACUAAUCCGACAUAAUAUUCCUUCGACAAAGUCGUUUCCUGAUGGACCUAUAGACGCUACUCUUGAUGAUUUCGACAAUGCAAUUCAAUCCCUGAAAGGGAUUGCGUUGGAAAUCAACGAUCAGUUGACUAUACAGGCGGGAACUAUCAAAGAUAUUCAAGGACAAAUAAACCAUUCGACGAUGUCGAUCGAACAGCAAAAUACGGAAAUGCAAAAGAUCUUUUCUUAA